UUUUGGUAUACGAAAAAUGAAUUAAUAAUGAAUUAGAAGUGUUGUUAUUGUCAGCACUUUCUUAAAAUAAAGGGCAAGUAAUUAAUUUAUGUGUAAAAUUCAACUGCAUUUACUUCAAACCAGAUUUUCUCUCACUCAAUUCAAACCUAAGAAUCAAUAAAUAAACCCAAUAAACAAAACAUUUCAUUCGAGAAUGGCCGUUCACCAGAAAACCACUCAACCAUCCCGCCGGAACCCCAAUCCCCGUCAUUUUGCCGCCAUUCCCAUCGCCGGCAACACUGGUUAACAUAGAUUUACUUUUUUCACCGAGUUACCAAUUGAUCAACCGCGAUUCUCGGGGACAGUUAAUCCAACAAUGGCUGCCGCAUCUCUAAGCUCCGGCAUUCCGAUACGAAACUACCACCGCCUUCUUCGUAAAUCUACUUUCUCCCCUAGCGUUACUUUUAUUCCGAAAAUUGAUUCUGACGGAAUCCAAUCGGUGAAAGUUUCGAAUAUCGAGGUUAACAGUAGCUGCUGCGAGGAGAAAAUCAAUCUAUUGGGAGAUGCAGACAGUACGGGAGCAAUUGUUAAAGAUGACCUGUUCGUGCGGUUCUUUCGGGAGGCGUGGCCGUAUUUUCUGGCUCACAGAGGCAGCACUUUCGUGGUUUUAAUAUCUGCCGAGAUUGUCGAUAGUCCUCAUUUGGAUCACAUUCUAAUGGAUAUUUCUUUGCUCCAUGGGUUGGGAAUCAAAUUCGUACUUGUUCCUGGCACUCAUGUUCAGAUUGACAGGCUUCUCGUCGAAAGAGGAUCUGAACCCAAAUUUGUUGGUAGCUACCGAAUAACAGACUCCGAUUCUCUUAGUGCUGCAAUGGAUGUAUGGGGUAGGAUUCGUACUAUUAUUGAGAUGAAAUUAUCACCCAGGCCUUCUUUAAGUGGUGUUCGUCGUCAUGGAGACAAGGAUCACUGGUAUAAUGGUGUCAGUGUUGCCAGUGGUAAUUUUCUGGCUGCUAAGAGAAGAGGAGUAGUGUUCGGGAUUGAUUAUGCGUCAACUGGUGAAGUCAAGAAAAUUGAUGUUCCUCGUAUUCGUGAGAGGCUUGAUCAAGACAGCAUAGUUCUCUUAAGUGAUCUCGGUUAUUCAAGUUCUGGAGAAGUGCUAAAUUGCAACACUUAUGAAGUUGCUACAGCGUGUGCGAUGGCUCUUGGAGCAGAGAAACUCAUUUGCGUCAUAGAUGGACCAAUUCUAGACGAAUCCGGAAGGCGUAUUCGUUUUUUAUCUCUUCAAGAUGCAGACAGAUUAAUUCGUGAACGAGCUAAACAAAGUGAGACUGCCGCAAAUUAUGUAAAAGCUGUUGCUGAAGAAGAUCUUGCUUCUCUAGCUUGCGAUAAUUCAAAUUAUACAGUCCCUUCUCCAAACGUGAAGGCAUUUGGUCAGUCUCCGAAGUUUCAAAAUGGUGUUGGCUUUGACAGUGGGAAUGGAUUUUGGUCCAAUGAACAGGGUUUUGCCAUUGGAGGCCAAGAAAGAGCGAGUCGUUUAAAUGGUUAUCUUUCUGAAUUAGCUGCUGCAGCUUUUGUUUGUAGAGGUGGUGUUCAGCGAGUUCAUUUAUUGGAUGGCACUACCGGUGGAGUUUUACUGAAAGAAUUGUUUCAAAGAGACGGAGUUGGUACAAUGGUUGCUAGCAAUCUCUAUGAAGGGAUGAGGAUGGCUAGGGGCACAGAUCUUCAAGGAAUCACACAAGUUUUGCUACCUUUAGAGGAAUCUGGCACUUUGAUAAAGAGAACCAAGGAAGAGCUACUUGAAGCGUUGGAUUCGUUCACAGUCGUUGAAAGAGAAGGUCAUGUCAUUGCUUGUGCAGGUCUUUUUCCUUUCUCUGAAGACAAGUGUGGAGAGAUAGCUGCUUUUGCUGUUUCUCCUGAAUGCCGAGGACAAGGAUGGGGAGACAAGUUACUAGAUUAUAUAGAGAAGAAGGCAUCUUCCCGUGGACUGCAAAUGCUUUUCGUACUGACAACACGUAUGGCAGAUUGGUUUGUAAGGCGUGGCUUCUCUGAGUGCUCGAUCGAUUACAUACCAGAGGAGAGGAGGAAAAAGAUCAACAUAUCUCGUAGAUCCAAGUAUUUUAUGAAGAAACUUGUACCUGAUAAGAGCGGCGUUCGUCCAAAUGCUUUUGCACCAUUGGACAACAGUACAAGCACCUGUGUGUCGUAACAUCUUCGUGUUCCGGUUGAGUUUUUUGGCAAUGAAAAAAUAGGAUAUUAAGGGGAAAGAAUCAAGCUUAAAACUGUUUCAUUUGGUCUUUUGUCCCAUUAUUAUGUCUUCGAAUUGCACUUGGCCUCUAGCUAUUGGAUAUCACACGCCUGCAUGAGUUUAUUGUAUUCGUAUUUGGUCGGAUAUAACUGUACAUGGUAUCGUCUGAAAUAUGUUUACCUCAGGUGAUUUUCAAAAUUACGUGGGGGGAAUGUUGUAUAGUAAAUUAAUAAUAAAUAGUUUGUUUCUCCUU